UAAUGUGGAUGCUGCACAACAGCAGUUGUUUCUGACUUUAAAACAAUGUUGCUGCUGGUUAUAUUAUUAGUUUUACUAAUGGCAUUUGUGGCCUACAUUGGCUAUGUUAUACACAUAAAGGCCAUUAAUCCAAAGGAAAUUCGCGUGAAAAGUGUACACGAUGCAAAGAAGCUUCUAACGUUGCCUUCAAACGCUGGAACGCAACGCUACUUGGCAAAAAGGGCUUGAUCGAACUAAUUAUAAUUUAAAGCAUGCUGUUCUCAUCCCAACAACACCUGAGGAUUGCGGAAUAUACUCACGUUUAGC